CAUAUAUUUUCAACUGUUUGUUUGUGAAUAUGAAUGAGUAUUUAACAUACUUCUGAUUCCGAAACGGUUAUUAAACCUCAUAAUACAGUAGCAUUCAUCGUGGUGGCCGUUCCCGUAUACUUUUUAUACUAAAUACCCCAUAAACCGAGCCCUACGAGCCCUCCAGCACGAACUCACCCAAGCGCCGCGCCUCCGGAGCCAGACCAGGGCCGCCUCGGACUGCGAUGGAAGCAGCUCAACAGCACCACAGCCCCCGCCCCUAAGCACCCCGUCUCUCAACCGGCGCCAUGCCCGACAAGCAGCUGCAGAUGGCGACGUACGCCGCGGGCGCCUCGCUCGCGGCUAUAACGCUGGUCUACGUCUUCGCCCCUACCUUCUUCAUCGACGGCGAGGCGGAGUCGUCGUCCAGCUCGCGGAAGCGCGGCGUUGUGGGUCUGCAUAACCAGGCCAACGACUGCUUUAUCAACUCGACGGUGCAGGCGCUCGCGGGUCUGGGAGACCUGAGGUUAUACCUGAUCCGCGAGACGCACCGGCGGGCGCUUGACGGGCCGGCGGUGUAUAGGAAUCUCGUUGAGGAUCCGACGAGGAAGAAUCUGGCGCCGUGGAAGAUAGAGGGGCUGCAAGAGGGGCUGAUUACGCAGGGAUUGAAGGAGCUGCUGGAUACGUUGAAUGAGCGGCCUAUAUACAAGAAGACGGCCAGUGCGUCGGGGUUUGUGAAGUGCCUUGAGGGCGCUUUCAGGCAGCGGAUAAGCAGGCAGCAGCAGGAUGCACAGGAGUUCUUGCAGAUUGUUGCAGAGAGACUCUGUGAUGAGUAUCAUGCUGGGAGACGGGCGAGAAAGCGGGCAGCAGAACUGGGCACAAUUAUUGUGGACGACGAAACACUCCAAAAACGGUUGACUACCCUUACACUUGAAGCUGCAGACGAGGAGGCAUCGACAGUGGAGAUAUUGGAUUCCGGCAAACAGCCAGAAAUGGAGAAGCCGGAAAUUACAAAUUCGGAAAGUGUGGAAUCUCCAACAAAGACGGAGUCUCCAACAACAAAAGCGGAAGUGGCACCGUCAGCUGGUGAAGGAGAGCCGGAGGAGGAAUCCUUCCCCCUUGAAGGCGGAUACGAGUCACAAAUCGAAUGCCUCACAUGCGGCUUCAAGCCGAAACCCAACAUCUCGACCUUCUGCACCCUCACCCUGAAUGUCCCCGAACUACCCUCCACAACCCUCUCAUCCUGCUUCGACGGGAUCUUCAAAGUCGAAUACAUCGACGACUUCAAGUGCGAAAAGUGCCGCCUAAUCCACGCCGUCGAGACCCUCCAAAAAGACCUCCAAAAAUGCAAAGACGAAACCCUCGCCACCGAAACCACCAACAUGAUCGCCCGCAUCAACGAAGCCAUCGCCACCGACCCCGAAAACCCCGCCACGGACCUCACCCUCCCCGACCCCCGACACGCCCCAAAGCGCAAAAUCAAGCGCCACAUCCGCAUCACCUCCUUCCCCAAAGUCCUCGCCCUCCACCUCUCGCGCUCCAUCUUCGAGGCGCGCGCCUCCACCAAAAACGCCGCAAAGGUCUCCUUCCCCGAGACCCUCCCCUUAGGCUCUAUCAUCGAUCAGAGGCGCUAUAAGCUCCUCGCCCUCGUGACUCACAAGGGCAGCCACAGUAGCGGACACUACGAGACUUUCCGUCGCCAGACCGUCGCUCCACCUUUUGCCAACCAAGGGCCAUUUGGUCGCUCCGAUGUAUACAGUCGCACUGCCACGCCCGCGGCGUCCACGCCCCAACUCCGCGCUACCCCGAUUCGACCACUCACGCCCGACGUCCCCUCGCCGCACCCAGCAGCUAGCUCAAGCUCCCUUACGGACUCGAAUUCGCAGCCCACGACUGACCAUCUCACGACUGCGUCGGCGGAGACGGUAGCGAGCAGCGAGCCGAGUUCGUCGUCGUCGGCGCCGUCGCCGAGGGGGAGGGAGAAGGAUGGUGAGGGGUCGUCGUUGAGGUCUGCGACGAGGGCGUCGCUGAGUAAGUUGUCUAAGAACAUCUCGUCGUCGAUGUCGAGGCCGGGGACGAGGGAUGGGACGCCGGCGGGGGGGAAGGAGAAUGAGAAGGUGGGGAGGGUGCAGGCGAGGAGGCAGAGGAAGGCGGCGGAGAGGUGGUGGAGGAUUAGUGAUGAGAGGGUUAAGGAGAGUAAGACGUCUGAGGUGUUGGGGAUGCAGAAGGAGGUGUAUUUGUUGUUUUAUGAGUUGAUUAGGUGAGGUGGG